GGGGGAAAGAGACGAGCAUAGGUUCCUCCCAAGAUGCCACCCGCUUCAUUCAAGUGUCUGGCAGCACUGUGUUCCUGUUAGAGCCACCAGCACAAGCACCAGACGAUGCUGAUCCAGGUGAAGGCCCCAGUGCAGCAGCAACAGCACAUGAUGGAGACGAUGAUGAGGAGGAGACCAUCUCUCUGGAUUCCAGAAGGCAUGAGGACCCAGAUGCUAUACAGUGGGAAAACCAGCCUGGCAACAUAGUGCGUAUUAAUAAAAGGACACCACAUCCUGCCAAAUUCCAGCUGCGCUAAUUGUAUUGUGUUCACAGAGCUCACAAGCUAUCAGAAAGUUGUAUGGCAACCACCUCCGGCGCCAAAUAGAACUGGCAGACAUAGACAUUCAGUACAAGAAGAAAAAGAUGGAAAAUCUUGCACUGGAGUCCGAAAUAAAAAAGAGGACAAUUAGGAAACUGAACCUUGAAAUAAAAAAACUUGAGAGGGAGCUCCAAGAAGAUGACACAGCUCAAAAUAAAAAUUAGGUAUAUUCUCGUAAAGUCAAGUGAGCCAUGACAUAUGAGCUCUUAUUGUGAGCACACAGGACGGUGGCAUCUUUCUAAGGUUUUUUUAUUUUCCCAGCAAUCAGUACAACCAAGUCAUCGUUAUAAGGCAUCGCCCUCUUUUGCCCACCCCCAGCACCAGGUGUGGCCACUAGCCUAUAUGAAGGCCCAAAAUUGUGUGUUCCUUUCUGCUCUGACAAUGGCAUGCCCAGUCGUGCGAGAUGUGGUGGAUGAAGAAGCACUUGUUCUGAGGAGAGCCUUCAGGCGAGAAAGGGUCUUCAGGGACCGGUUGGACCCACUGGCCUUCCCUGAUGACCAUCUAUAUGAAAGAUACAGGUUUUCUGCAGAUGGCAUCAGGUAUCUAUGCAGACUACUGGGUCCCAGGAUUAAGCACCGCACUGCACGGAGCCAUGCACUGAGUGUGGAGCAAAUGGUUUGUGUGGCCUUGAGCUUUUUUGCUAGUGGAGCCUUCCUGUACUCAGUGGGGGAUGCAGAACAGCUGAACAAGGCCACAAUUUGCCGCACAAUAAGGAGUGUGUGUCUGGCUAUCAAAGCAUUAGCAGAUGUCUUCAUCUCCUUCCCUGGCCACAGAAGACUCUGUGACAUCAAAGAGGAGUUCUAUAGGAUUGCAGGUUUCCCCAAUGUCAUUGGUGCAGUGGACUGCACACACAUAAGGAUAAAAGCCCCCUCAGGUGCCCAUGAGGCCGAUUUUGUGAAUAGGAAAUCCUUUCACAGCAUUAAUGUUCAGAUGGUCUGCAAUGCUGACUGUGUGAUCAGCAAUGUUGUGGCAAAAUGGCCUGGCUCAGUCCAUGACUCCAGAAUCUUUCGGGCCUCUGAAAUCUAUCACAAGGGGAAUUCUCUGGUGUGUUGCUGGGAGACAGGGGGUAUGGCUGCCAGCCUUUUCUCCUGACACCUUUCACAGACCCCCAGGAAGCACAGCAGGCCUACAACCAUGCCCAUGCCAGGGCCAGAGUUGAAAUGACCUUUGGCCUCCUGAAGGCACGCUUUCACUGCCUUCACAAAUUAAGGGUCAGCCCUGUUAGGGCAUGUGAUAUUACUGUGGCUUGUGCUGUCCUCCACAAUGUGGCCUGCCUGAGGAAGGAGAGGGCCCCCAGAGUGCCACCAGCCAUGGACUGGGACAAUCCGGCAAUCUUCCCUGAUGACGACAGUGGUCGGCUGCUGAGGGACCAAUAUGUGUUGAAUUAUUUUAGUUAGUAUGUGUGCUUUCAAUUUUGGUUAAAUAUGUCCUGCGGUGGCAGAGGAAUUUGGGUUUUUUUGGGUUCGUUUUUUGAUGAAUUUGGCCUCUUAUGAUGUUUGUGCGGUAUACUGUGUGUAAUACAAGGCUGCAGGGAGGCUACUGCAUCCAUUCAUUUGUCUGUUCAGUUGAUGUGUAUGGAUUUGUCCUGCAUUUAUUUUAGUGUGCAGACAUGCAGGGUGUGUUAUAUACAGACCUUUGAAUGUGUAUGUAUCAUUUUGUAUAAUAUGCUUGGAUUCUGUGCUUUCCAUCUUGUAGAGUCACUGUCUUCAGUUUCGAAAGGAGCUGAUGGUUUACCUGCUUUGUUUUGUCCUUAUUCAAUAAAGGAACAUAAUGUUA